GUCCGUACGGAGGAGGAAAAACGUGCGGCAUCCUUGGAUGCUGGCCUUCGGCGAGUUUGUACUCCGAAGAGGAGUUCGGGUAAGUUGGAGGUGGCCCCUGAAGUCUACCAACAGUGGAGAAAGGGCGGGCUGGAGCGCAAACUGCUGCUUCAGCAGUUUAUUGCUGCAGGUGCCAACAAGGAUGCCUUCAUCAAGCGAAUCGAGUACAUCCGCACCAAGUCCCGCGCCACGAAGCUGAAGGUCGACAGCGGGUGGUACACCAAGGAUGCCAUGAAGAAGGAUGUCGUUCAGUACUGCUUGCAGAAGCCGAAAGAGCUGAUUCGGUUCGAGUACUGGGUAGACACAGCAACCACGGGCACCUUCGAGAAGACCACUUCUGAAGCCCUGCACGAAACCCUUUCAGCGGAGGGCGUGCCUGAGGAUGUCACCAUUGGAGGCAUCAAUCCCGGAGAGCCCAUUCAUGAUGGUGAUGGUGGUGCAAGCUCAGGGAGCGAUGAUGAGUCCGAUGAUGAAGCGGACAGUGGGGCUGGAAGGGCUCGUAAAGCGGGUCGGGGCAAAGGCUCAGGAAAUGCCAAGCAGGAGCUGGAGGAGGAGAAAGCUCUUGAGGCCGUCGAGAACGUCCGCACGGUGAUGGCCAAUAUCCUGCGCACACAGGGGCGGCUGGAGGAUCUUUCCGUAAAGCUCCAAGCCCUGGGCACCGACGAAGCCCAGAAGAAUGAUGAGGCGGUCCGGAAGCAUGUCAAAGACAUCAUGGACCUCCAUGAUAAGAUGGCCGAUUUGAAAUCUCACUUUGAUGGACAUGGUGCCAUGAGCCCUGAGAAAACUGCAGAGCUGCAGAAGCUGGUGCAAAAGGUGGAAACAGCGUGCAGCCGUGCAACCAUGGAGGAUACGAAGAUCAAAAGGUGUGGGGCCUUCCGGGCAAACAGCUUUGUGUGUUUUCAAUGUCUUCGGCUCCUGCAAUCUCUUGGCUUGCUGCAGGAAGCUGUGCACCCUCCAAAGGACCACGUCCAGGCCUUCAUGAUGCACGCUUUCCGGGCGAAGUGUGCACGUGCACUCGGGAAGCAUGUGCUGACAAAAGGGAUGCUGUUCCAUGGAGCACCUUGGGGGACUGGCUGGAAAACACUAUGUGUGGCUGAUGCUCCUCCAUUGUCGCAGAAUCGUCCAUCCUCGGAGCCUGGUCCUGCAGCAAAGGCGAUUGCCAAAGCGGUUGUCAGCGAGAGUCAAGCUUGCAACAUGGCUGCUGCAUUCUGGGGGGAGAUGCAGGAUUUACCUGGUGUUGAGACAACGCAGAGCGCAAGCUUUCUCAAGGAGGCUGCUCGUCUUGCUUCUACAGGGCAUGAGACCCGCCUCGGACAAUCUCUCAAGAAACACAACCUCUCGGCGAAGCUGAAGGUAUCGUACAUGGAUUGUCAUAUGUCAAAGCAGCAUCCUUUCUUGGGGAUUCGCGACUUCGUGCAAGGGCUGUCUGACGAGGGUCAAAUGGAAACUUUGUUUCAGGGCCAUGACCCAGAGGACUACGCUUGCUUUUGGGAGAAGUGGCGCACAGUGCAACCUGACCAUCCAGUUUUUGAUGUACACUCCGAGCGCCUGCACCAAGUAGUACCCGUCUGGAUACACGCGGAUGAGGGGACAAGCCAAAAAAAGAAAGGUUUGAUGGUUCUUUCAUGGCAAGGUGUUUUGGGCCAGGGCACCCAACGACAGCCCACUUCCAGCCUGAAUUAUUUGGGGCCAAGCGUCUCCACUCGAUGUUUGUUUUCGGUCAUGUCUACGCAACUGUACAGCAAGCCAUCCACGAAAAAACGGCUGCUGGCAUUGGGGGAAAGGCUUGCAAAGGAUCUACGCGAUUGCUUCGAGCAGCCCAUCGAUGUUGUUGUCAACGGUCAGGCCUCGCAGGUCUAUCUUGCUUGCCUUGCAAUGAAGGGCGAUUGGCCAGCAUUAACGAAAUUGGGGAACCUUCGCAGACACCAUCUUCGUGUCACGUGGACAUCUGAUGCUGGUGCCGGGAUCUGCCAUUACUGCAAGGCAGGAAUGCCCGGAAACGCGGACUGGCACAACCUGUCCUUCCGAAACAUGGCCGCUAUGAGAAUUGAUGCCCCGGCUCCGUGGUCCCCUCCGCCAGCGCUUAUCAGAUAUGUGCCGCACAGCAUGUCACAGGCGCCCUACUUCUUCCGCAUUGAUCUGUUCCACCUUAUGCACAAAGGCGUCCUUGCAGACGUCGCUGCAAACGCAAUCGUGUCCUGCUUUGAUUAUGGGCUGUUUGGCUGCACAAACCUGAAAAUGCUGAUGGCCUUCGUCUAUGAUGAUGCAAAGCAUUUCUGCCAGCAGAACCGGCUUGAGCUGCAUAUGUCGCAAUUGACAACCAACCAACUGGGGUUGACGCGAACCACCGACUACCCGUCAUGGUUCAAAGGCAAUGACACCCGCUCGCUUACCAAGUAUAUGGAGUGGAAGCUGACACACACCCUUCAUGAACUGUUUGGCCCCACUCUCGAGUAUUUUACUGAAAUCGUGGGGCUGCUAUCUUAUGGCAACAAGUUCAUGCACCUGCUUUACAAUGCUGGUUUGUGGCUGUCAACGCGGCAGCGCGACGACAUCAUUUCGUCUGGGGACAAGUUUGUGGCCUCGUUCAUGUCUCUGGCCCAAACUGCAUACGACAAUGAUCUAUGCCGCUGGAAGGUGCAAACCAAGUUUCACAUGCUUGGAGAGUUGAUAUUUUCCCUGAAGUGGGAUAGGGCCAGGGGGGCCAAAUCGCUCUCCCCACUAUCCUAC